CAAAGGGGUGGGGAGAAAAGUAGGAGGCCUCAGCUGCACAGAAGUGGCCAGAGGCCCAGGGGACAGUCAGGGCAGGCAGACAUGCGGCCAGGACUCCGGGGCCUGGACAGGGUCUGCCAGGCCCCGUGACAGGAGGACCCCGUGCCCCGGCCCGGGGAAGGGCCAUGGUGCUGUCUGCCCAACAUGUCAGCCGAGGUGCGGCUGAGGCGGCUCCAGCAGCUGGCGCUAGACCCCGGCUUCCUGGGGCUGGAGCCCCUGCUCGACCUUCUCCUGGGCGUCCACCAGGAGCUGGGUGCCUCCGAUUUGGCCCAGGACAAGUAUGUGGCCGACUUCUUGCAGUGGGCGGAGCCCAUUGCAGCGAGGCUUAAGGAGGUUCGACUGCAGAGGGAUGACUUUGAGAUUCUGAAGGUGAUUGGACGCGGGGCAUUCAGCGAGGUAGCAGUGGUGAAGAUGAAGCAGACGGGCCAGGUGUAUGCCAUGAAGAUUAUGAAUAAGUGGGACAUGCUGAAGAGAGGAGAGGUGUCGUGCUUCCGAGAAGAGAGGGAUGUGUUGGCAAAUGGGGACCGGCGCUGGAUCACGCAGCUGCACUUCGCCUUCCAGGAUGAGAACUACCUGUACCUGGUCAUGGAGUACUACGUGGGCGGGGACCUGCUAACGCUGCUGAGCAAGUUUGGGGAGCGGAUCCCGGCCGAGAUGGCGCGCUUCUACCUGGCCGAGAUUGUCAUGGCCAUAGACUCAGUGCACCAGCUGGGCUAUGUGCACAGGGACAUCAAGCCGGACAACAUCUUGCUGGACCGCUGCGGCCACAUUCGCCUGGCAGACUUUGGUUCCUGCCUCAAACUGCGGGCUGAUGGAACGGUGCGGUCCCUUGUGGCUGUGGGUACCCCGGACUACUUGUCUCCAGAGAUCCUGCAGGCUGUGGGCGGCGGCCCUGGGACAGGCAGCUAUGGGCCUGAGUGUGACUGGUGGGCGCUGGGUGUGUUCGCCUAUGAAAUGUUUUACGGGCAGACGCCCUUCUACGCCGACUCUACGGCUGAGACUUACGGCAAGAUUGUCCACUACAAGGAGCACUUGUCUCUGCCACUGGCAGACACUGGGGUCCCAGAAGAGGCUCGAGACCUCAUCCAAGGUCUGCUGUGUCCCGCGGAGAUAAGGCUAGGACGUGGUGGAGCAGACGAUUUCCGGAAGCAUCCUUUCUUCUUUGGCCUUGACUGGGAGGGACUUCGAGAUAGCCUGCCCCCCUUUAUUCCGGACUUCGAGGGUGCCACCGAUACUUGCAACUUUGACGUGGUGGAGGAUGGGCUCACUGCCAUGGUGAGCGGGGGCGGGGAAACACUGUCGGACAUUCCGGAAGGUAUGCCGCUGGGGGUCCACCUGCCUUUUGUGGGCUACUCCUACUCCUGUAUGGCCCUCAGGGACAGUGAGGUCCCAGACCCCACACCAAUGGAACUGGAGGCCCAGCAAUUGCCUGAGCCACGUGUGCAAGAGCCCAGCGUGGAGCCCAGGGUGCCCCCCCCAGAGGACAUGGCUGAAGUGGCAGAUCCAACUGCUGCCCCCGCGGCAGAGACAGAGUCGGAGGUGACCCUGCGGGAGCUCCAGGAAGCCCUGGAGGAGGAGGUGCUCAGCCGGCAGAACCUGAGCCUCGAGCUGGAGGCCAUCCGCACGGCCAACCAGAACUUCGCCAGUCAGCUACAGGAGGCCGAAGCCCGGAACCGAGACCUGGAGGUGCACAUCCAGCAGCUGCAGGAGCGGCUGGAGUUGCUGCAGACAGAGGGAGCCGCAGCUGUCACGGGGGUCCCCAGUCCCCGGGCCACGGAUCCACCUUCCCAUCUAGAUGGCCCCCCGGCCGUGGCUCUGGGCCAGUCCCCGCUGGUGGGGCCAGGCCCCAUGCACCGCCGCCACCUGCUGCUCCCUGCCAGGGUCCCUAGGCCUGGCCUAUCGGAGGCGUGUUCCUUGCUCGUGUUCGCCGCUGCUCUGGCUCGUGCCGCCUCCUUGGGCUGCAUUGGGUUGGUGGCCAGCGCAGGCCAUCUCGUCCCAAUCUGUCAUCGCCCGGGAGCCACCUUCGUCCCCUGAACCCUAGACCUCAGGCUCGGUUAAAGGGUUGGGUGACCCGGGCUCGGCCUAGAAGCUGCUCCCACCGCCUCCCAGUUCAUACCGCUCCGAGCGCGGGUCUUCGCCCAGCUCCAAUCCUGUGAUCCGGGCCCGCCCCCUGGCGGCCGGGAAGGGAGGAGCCGGAUCCUUGGCCGGCGAAUGGGGUUAGCGGGGGACUUGCAGCCAGGAAUGUAGUUGCUGCUGAGGCUGCUGCGGCUGCUGCUGGGGGGAGUUGCCGAUCACUGCUUUCUUCUGGGCUGGUUGAGGCCCCGACGUGGAUGGGCAGAUCGCGGUCCAGAGAAGGCAGCCGACCGGAGCUCAGCCAUCCUCGACCUGGAUGAGCAUAUCGCGGUCCGAAAAGGCAGCCGACCGGAGCUCAGCCAUCCGAUUUUCACCCUCCACGCACCUGCCAUCUGUUCGCAAACCACAAAUCCUCCCUGUGCAUGAACUCCUAUUCUCCCCGGAACGUUCUACCGCAGCGAACGUUCGGCGUCACCUCUGCCUGCUCCCUCGGGAACUUUUUGCUUUUGCCAGCCCCCCUCCCCCCUUACGUGCGCUGCUCUAGGAGCCACAGCUGGCUCCGCCCGUCUCGGUGGUUUGGAUAUUUAUUGCCUUUAUCCUCCGACUUGCUGACAGCCUCCAGGACCCCAUCACCCUAAUCCACGUUUUGGAUGCACUGAGACUCGACAUUCCUCGGUAUUUAUUGUCUGGCCCCACCUAGGACCCCCACCCCCGACCCUCGCAAAUAAAAGACCCUUUCGUCUGCCUGAA